AUGGAUGAAGAGGCAUCGCUUGAGAGCUACUUUGACCAGUCAAUUGCUUGUGAUCUCCACCCUCAUAAUGCCAGAGAUGCUUAUAUCUGUACUCUCCAGGGUUCAUCUGAGUACAUUUUUGAGGGGGACUUGGGUUUGCAAGGCCCUCCACAGCUGCAGGAUCCCUCCUUCCUGGCCUCCUCAAUCUCUGCACAGCAGAAAGACCUCUCUGAGGACCUGGACCUGAGCUUCCUGCCUGAUGAACUCAGCGCCCAGGAGGAGCCACCUGAGAAUGCAGGUGUCAGUUCACAAGAGGACAGUGGUAUAUACCCAGACUGUCCACCGUCAGAGUUAUCUGGUACAGACCCUGACCCCAGUAAGACUCAACCUGCAGCCUCCCCCUUCUGCUCCCUUCCAAUGACACCCAUGACACCUAUGACCCCUGUUGCCCCAGUGACAGAAAGUUCAGGAAUCAUCCCACAAUUACAGAAUAUUGUGUCCACAGUAAAUCUGGCUUGUCCUCUAGACCUAAAGGCCAUUGCUCUUCAGGCUCGAAAUGCUGAGUACAAUCCAAAGCGUUUUGCUGCUGUUAUAAUGCGGAUCCGUGAGCCUAGAACCACUGCGCUCAUCUUCAGCUCUGGAAAGAUGGUCUGCACCGGGGCAAAGAGUGAGGAGCAGUCACGCCUUGCUGCGAGGAAAUAUGCCCGAGUGGUGCAGAAGCUUGGCUUUCCAGCCAAAUUUCUUGACUUCAAGAUCCAGAACAUGGUUGGCAGUUGUGACGUAUGUUUCCCCAUUCGGCUGGAGGGCCUGGUUCUGACUCACCAACAGUUCAGCAGCUAUGAGCCAGAGUUGUUUCCUGGUUUGAUUUACCGCAUGGUGAAGCCACGUAUUGUCUUGCUGAUCUUUGUGUCUGGAAAAGUCGUUCUUACAGGUGCUAAAGAUCGCUCGGAAAUAUAUGAAGCUUUUGAGAAUAUCUACCCAAUUCUAAAGGGAUUCAGGAAACAGUGAAAAGGAAAGUGCACUUCUACUUAUUCAAUGAGUGUAAUGUCCAAAUA